GUACGAUAUUAAAUUAUUAAAUUAAUAAUUAUAUAUUUUUUAUUAUAUAUAGAUACUCAGUAACAAAAUAACAGCAUUAUGGGCAGAAGCGGAUAUACUUGUGUACGGCACAUAUUUUGUUGGCUAAAUUUUAUUUUAUGGCUUUCGGGAAGUGCCUUUCUUGGAUUAGGAAUAUACUUAAGAGUAGUUUAUGCUGGAUAUACUUCAUUGGUACCUCAAUAUUCCUUAGCUGGCGCUGAUAUCUUAUGUAUAGCGAUUGGGAUUGUAAUGUUCAUAAUUGCAUUUACCGGAUGUUGUGGAGCAUGGAUGCAUUCACGAUGUUUGCUUGUACUUUAUUUUUCAAUGGUUAUUUUAAUGUUUAUCCUGGAAUUUUCAACGGCAUCCUUGUCAUUUAUAUUCCGUGAUCGACUUUCAUACAUAGUACGCGGUGAAUUAAUAAAUGGAAUUGAAAAACAUUACAAUGUUAGUGAUGAUCAGCCAAAUAGCUUAGUCCAUAUUUGGGAUCACAUUCAAAAUGAAUUCCAUUGCUGUGGCGUUGUCAAUUAUGAAGAUUGGUAUGAUAUAUCUGCCUGGCCUGGCCUUAAACAAGUACCUGACUCAUGUUGUAAACCAGAAUUUGUGGAAGAAGGUUGUGGACAUGAUGGAUUACAAGAUCACUGGUAUAAAAAAGGAUGUAGUGAUCAAGUACAAAUGUGGCUUGUACAACGGUUACAUAUUUUGGGAAUUGUUGGAUUAGUUGUUGCCUUUAUCCAAUUAUUUGGUUUAAUAUCGUCAAUGCUACUAUUCUGCACGGUACGUCACAAAAGAACAUCACAUACUUAUCGAGCAUACGAUCGAACCACGUAAUCAAUUAAUUAAUAAGAAAUUAUUAUUAAAUCAUUCCUCAACCCAAACACUAAAUUUUUAAAUAGUGGUUGAUUUUAUGUAUAAAAUAUUUGUAACAAUUGGGACAAAAAGAAGAAUCAUAAUGAACUUCCAAAAAAUUGUAUAUAUUCCACAAACACAAAAAUAUUUUUUUAAAUACACAGCGAGUGCAUAUAUAACACUCAGGAUCCAAAGUCAUCCAUUUUAUAAUCUUACAUCACUAUAAAAUAAUAUAAUAAUAGAAAUGUAAUUAUAAUACUUAAUUAUUAAAAAUAUUCAGAUUAGAAAAUGGGAUUUUUCCCGUUUAAUCAAUGUUAAUUAAUAGCUAUAUAGAUCUGCACACAUUUGUAAUAGGGAAUAUAUAUUCAUGAAUUUUUUUUUCGUAUUUCGUAACAAAAUAUGACAAAUCCGUAAAAGAGAUGAUAACAAGUGAAAACAAACAAUUGACUGAGUUAAUUGUUGAAAUACCAUGUAUAGGCAGUGCUGAUAACUCUAUCACAUUACACAUACAUACAUAUCUGACAUAUUUAACUGAUAUUCCCAUA